AAAAAAAAAUCCCUGUCCUAAGGGCCCAAACUGGAAAAAGACGGUAUCUGUCUUGAGAUCCAAGAAAAGUUAUAUACUUGUUCACAUUCAGUACAUUCAGUGUUGUUGAUGAUAUAUACAAAAAUAGCAGAAAUCAGAAGGCAUUUUUAGCUGUACUAGAAGGAGAGGGAAGGAAGAAUGAGCAGCAUAGGAACAGGUUACGAUCUCUCAGUCACCACUUUCUCUCCCGAUGGCCGCGUUUUCCAGAUCGAAUACGCUGCCAAAGCUGUCGAUAACAGUGGGACUGUUAUCGGCAUCAAAUGCAAGGAUGGAAUUGUCUUGGGUGUGGAGAAGCUCAUAGAAUCAAAGAUGAUGCUACCUGGUUCCAAUCGCAGAAUUCAUGCCGUUCAUCGUCAUUCUGGCAUGGCAGUUGCCGGUUUAGCAGCAGAUGGGAGGCAAAUUGUUGCACGAGCAAAGUCUGAAGCAACAAAUUAUGAAAGUGUCUAUGGUGAACCUAUUCCUACGAAGGAACUUGCCGAGCGUGUUGCUAGUUAUGUUCAUCUAUGCACCCUCUAUUGGUGGCUCAGACCUUUUGGAUGUGGAGUAAUUCUUGGAGGUUACGACAGAGAAGGACCACAACUAUACAUGAUUGAACCUUCUGGUAUUUCAUAUAGGUACUUUGGUGCUGCAAUUGGGAAAGGAAAGCAGGCUGCUAAAACUGAAAUUGAAAAGUUGAAGCUUUCAGAUAUGACCUGCAGGGAAGGUGUUAUUGAAAUAGCCAAGAUCAUUUAUAAGGUACAUGAUGAAGCUAAGGAUAAAGCCUUUGAAUUGGAAAUGAGUUGGGUCUGUGAUGAGUCAAAGCGCCAACAUGAGAAGGUACCAGGAGAGCUUUUGGAGGAAGCCAAGACUGCUGCGAAAGCCGCAUUAGAGGAAAUGGAUGCUGAUUGAUGAACCCGUUCCCCUUCCUCUCACUUUCCUGUUUUCCUUUUUUGUAUUUUACGUAGCUUAUUGUCAUUGUUCCAGAUUCUCUAAACUUGCAGAUGAGUAUUUGUUUUUAUACUGUUAAGUUUCUGUACCACUUUCUUAAGAAACUUUUUAAUCUUGUAUCUUUUGCAAAUCAAAUCUUGCAAAACGAAAUAUAACACAAGUGUAUUGAUUGACUAUAUGCU